AUGCUCAGAAGUCUUUUCGGAGCAGCAGCUUCUGUUGCAGCGCUGGCUGUGGCAGUGACCGCCCAUCCGACAGCCAGUAGCGAAGCUUCCGGGCAAGCGGUCACCAAGAACCGGACAACAUGCGCGACAAGCAACGGUGCUGCGGCCUUUAAGGGAAUGUAUCAAGAGAUUAAUCGACCGCAAAUUCAUUACAGCCCAAGCGCUGGCUUCAUGAAUGACCCAAAUGGUCUGUUCGUCGACGAUGAUGGUCUCUUCCAUCUCUACUUUCAGUACAAUCCGAAUCAAACAGUCGCUGGCAAUCAACACUGGGGUCACGCGACGUCCAAGGACGGAUAUGCCUGGGACAAUCAUCCCAUCGCUCUUGCGCCAGAAAAGGCGGGCGAGGGCAUCUUCUCUGGCUCUAUCGUGGUCGACCGCAACAACACGUCCGGCUUCUUUGGAGACGACGUCAAACCCGGCGACAGGGUGGUAGCCAUCUAUACCCUCAACACCGAGGACAACCAGACGCAAGACAUUGCUUACAGCAAGGACGGUGGAUACACUUUCACCAAGUACGAGAGAAAUCCAGUGAUUGAUCUCAAGACGACCCAAUUCAGAGACCCAAAGGUGAGGCAGGCGGCUUUGAAACUCGUGACUGUUCUGUCCUCGUUGAGCCUUUUCGUCACGUGACUGAUGGCGCCAUAUUUCGAGACGACAGGUAUUUUGGGACGAACAACAUAGUCACUGGGUCAUGGCUGUGGCUCAUCCUCAGUCCUACGAAGUCGGCUUUUACACCAGCGCCGACCUCAAGUCAUGGCAGGAGACUUCGCGCUUCUCGGGCGGACUGUGGGGAUACCAGGUGCGUUGGACUAUGUAGUCGAAUGUGGUGCGCAGUCGUUUGACCUCUGAACGUCCUAUUUUCACGCAGUUCGAGUGCCCAGGCUUAGUGCAAAUUCCUAUUGUGGGCGGACCCAGGAACGGCGAGAAGAUGUGGACGCUUCUGGUCUCCAUCAAUCCCGGAGCUCCUCUCGGCGGCAGCGUCCAGCAGUACUUCUUCGGAGACUUUUCCAACGGCAAAUUUACCGCAAACGACACUGCCGUUCGCUUUGCGGACUUUGGAAAGGACUUCUACGCUGCCCAGACUUAUUUCAACGCUCCUGAAGGCCAGGCCAUCAUUCAAGGCUGGGCUAGCAACUGGCAGUACACCCAGGUGGCGCCCACUGCACGUGGUGACAGCGGCUGGCGUAGCGCGCAAAGUCUGCCGAGAACCAUGACUGCUAGGUGGACUCAGUACGUGAGUGCUGUCGUGCGCGGUCUGGGUUUUGGUUGAGCAAUGCUGAACCUCUCCUCUCGACGCAGAAUCCUAUGUACAACGGAUACCAGCUCUCGAUGGAGCCUCUGCCAUUCGGCACAUUGGCUGGAGCUGAGCUUGCGCAACGGGCCACAUCCAACACCACCGUUCAAUUGAAGGGUGAUGGUGCCUUCGAUGUGCGUGCCACCUUUGCUGUGCCAGCAGACGCCAAGAACGCCGAGACCGCGCGACUGCGAGUCAAGACGCGCGGAGGGGCUUUCCUCGACGUUGGAGCCCUCGUCAAGCCUGGAGACCCCGCAACCAUCUACACAGAUCGGCGCAAGGCCGGUGUCACGUUCGCGGACACCAAUUCGUUCUUCACGGACAGAGCUAGCGUUGCAGUCAUGCCUUUGAGGCGUGACCCAGCAGACGCCAAGAGUGAUCAGCUCAUCGACCUCCACGUCGUCGUCGACCGUACUUUGACAGAGGUAUUUGCCCAGAAUGGCACCGUCAGCGCAGUGAGUCUUGCGUUCGUGAUUUGGAUUCUCCGCUAUGCCAUCCAGUGCUGAUCAGUGACCCGCACCGGGCGCCAGUCCACGUUGACGUAUUGGGACAACAACGAGUUCCCUAGUAGCUUGCAAAUUGGACUGAGUAGCAAGGACAUCACGCUGGAGUCCCUUAGCGUCAAGCCCAUCGCUUCCACAUGGAAGCGCUGCGCGAGCUACUGA